AUGGCGGCAACACGGUUGUAUGUUUUUAAUAAUUCCAGCAGCGGAAAAAUGAGAAGAGUCCCCUGUACAACAGUGAUUCUCCCUUACUGGACAAGUUCUAAAAGUCACUGAUAAUGACUUGUCAGAGUCAGUGUAGAGAAUAUUCCUCCCUUAAGGAUGAUGCAGAUUUACCAUCUCUUAAACUCCUGGGCAUCCACUGCGACGAAAGUUAUGACAGGACCAGGCUCUUGGGCAGCAGGGGCAGAUAGCAGGUGGUGCAAUAACUCCCACCGACCGCCAGGGAGCAGCAGAGCUCGACCCGGGGUUGCUGCAUCCACAGAAAACAAUUCAGAAUUCCUUCUAGGUUUUCCUUCUUAGCUGUUUCUGCGGCCCACCAAUCUCCGUGCGCACCGCGGCAGUAAUCCCGCCCAUUACUGACAAUCCAACCAAUCAACGAGUGUCCUGCUUGGGGCCAGCGAGCUCCUCGCGGUCCCUCAGAGCCAGGAGUUCGGCAUUCUAGCCCCGCCCCCUAGGCGGCUUGGCCAAUCCCCCGCGGCGGUGCCGGACGUCGCCCAGAUCUGUCCCAGAGACCACGUGGUCCCAGGAGGCGCCACUGCCUGGUAGGUGGAGGGUUACCCGGCCUGAAGGCGGGUGGGCCGAGCGGGACCGACCGGCCUCACCCCCGGUGACUCGCUGUCCUGCGCCCUCUCUCAGCCAUGGGCGUGCAGCCGCCCAACUUCUCGUGGGUGCUGCCCAGCCGGCUGGCGGGGCUGGCGCUGCCCCGGCUUCCCGCCCACUACCAGUUCCUGCUGGAUCAAGGUGUACGGCAUCUGGUGUCACUGACGGAGCGCGGGCCCCCGCACAGCGACAGCUGCCCCGGCCUCACCCUGCACCGACUGCGCAUCCCAGACUUCUGCCCGCCGGGCCCGGAGCAAAUCGACCGCUUUGUGAAGAUUGUCCAGGAGGCCAACGCCAGGGGAGAGGCGGUGGCAGUGCACUGUGCCCUGGGCUUUGGCCGCACUGGCACCAUGCUGGCCUGUUACCUGGUGAAGGAGCGGGGCCUGGCUGCCGGAGACGCCAUCGCUGAGAUCCGGCGCCUUCGACCCGGCUCCAUCGAGACCUAUGAGCAAGAGAAGGCGGUCUUCCAGUUCUACCAGCGAACGAAAUAAGGGGCCUCCAUACCCUUCUGCCAGGCCCGCGCGGCCCUGAUCUGUGCGUUAGCUGGGGCCAGAGACGCGGAAGUGGACUGAGUGCCAAGCUCUCCAGUACCCAGCUGGCCCAAGAGACUGAAGGAGCCCUUCCCUGCAGGCAGGUCCUGGUAGGAGGAGUGGCUGGAGCUGCACUGAUGUGGGGGUCCCUCUGCUGCUGCCUUGAAUAAAUAACUUAAAGAACAGCUCGCA